AUGAACCAACAACGACAACUGGGACAGCGGGAAACUUUACCAACCGCGCCCGAUGUCGAGGCCAACCGACCCCUCCUGUCACGAACAUCAACCCUGCAAGGCUCAGUCGGCUCUGCCGAAGGUGAUCAUGUACCGACCUUCUGGUCCGACAAGUAUUCACAAAUUCGCACAGGCGGAUUCUGGUCACGGUUGUGGAACUUUAGAAUCGACGCGCGCAUCGUAUCGGAUGCCAUCCUGGGCCUUUCAGACGGCCUCACAGUACCCUUUGCGCUCACUGCCGGCCUGACGGCUUUGGGAGAUACCAGAGUUGUGAUCCUGGGAGGUCUGGCCGAGCUGAUAGCAGGAGCCAUCUCCAUGGGACUUGGCGGAUAUGUCGGAGCCAAAAGCGAGAUGGAGUCAUACAACGCCGUUGAUCGAAGCUGCAGCAAACUCAUCCUGUAUGAGCCCGACGCCGCCAGAGACUAUGUCCAGGAGUACUUUGAGCAGUUUGGAUUGUCCGACGAAGAAACCAAGAGAGUGGCCAACCACAUCAAGGCUUCGGCUCCCAUGUUCAAAGAAUUCCUCAUGCAGAACCAUUUCCAAGCGUCGAAGCCCGACACGGCACGACCUUACCUGUCAGCACUCACCCUAGGCAUCAGUUACUUUGUCGGCGGGUUCCUCCCACUGAUUCCAUAUUUUAUCGUGGCUCAAGACAAUGUUCUCGGCGGUCUGUGGUGGAGUAUAGGACUGAUGGGAGUGGUGUUGCUCGUUUUUGGAUACGUAAAGACUGGCGUUGUACGUGGCUGGACUGGCAGAGACAACUACCAGGCAUGCACCGGCGGGGCAGUGCAAAUGUUCGUGGUCGGCGUGAUUGCAGCUGGCGCUGCUGUGGGAUUGGUGAGAGUAAUCAACCAGGGCUGA